AAGCCAGUCCAAGCCUGUCAGAUUACUAGAGUGAAAUGCCAACAAAAGGAAUGAGGAGCCUGUUAUUUCACUCCAAAUCGCCGUCGUUCGCGGCCUACUCUUCUUCCCCUGCUAGACUCCCGGCCUUCUCUUCUUCCCCUUCUAGGCCCUCGAUUUCAUUUCCGACCCCGCGGCGCGUUCCCGUUGCGAACUUCACGGAGGCGAUGAUUCAAGAGAUCAUCGAGAACGGCGCCGUGCUGAUCAUGAAGUGGAACCCGGACACCUCCACUUACGCCAAAGUCACCUCCCUAUUCUACGAGAGCAAAAACGAAGCCCGGCAGUUUAUCCGGUGCGUGACGGACCUCCAGAGUGUCAUGCACUACCUCGUCCAAGAGGAACCCACAUCCGAAAAACUCGUCCACGCGCAGGGCCUCAUGCAGGUGGCAAUGAAGCGUCUCCAGAAGGAGUUUUACCAGAUCCUCUCCAUGAACCGGGCUCACCUCGACCCAGAAUCUGUCUCCACCCGGUCCAGAUCAUCUCUCGCCUCGACCCGGUCCAGCACCUCCGAUUACGACGAAGACAGCGGCGCCACCACAGACGACGACGUAAAAUUCGCUGGAGACGCCAUUUCCGAAGUCGAGCACGUCUCGGCUAUCGCCAUGAACGACUUGAAAUUAAUCGCCGAGUGCAUGAUCACAUCGGGAUACGCGAAGGAAUGCGUUCACAGCUACAAAACCAUCAGAAAAUCGAUCAUCGACGAGGGAAUGUACAAGCUCGGCGUCGAGCGGUUCAGCUCCUCGCAGAUCGGGAAGAUGGACCGGGAGGUUCUGGAUUUCAGAAUCACGAGCUGGCUGAGCGCGGUGAAGAUCUCGAUCUCCACGCUCUUCGACGGCGAGAGGAUCCUGUGUGACCACGUGUUCGCGUCCUCCGCGUCGAUCCGCGAGUCCUGCUUCGCGCACAUUUCUAGCGAGGCCGCGAAUUUGCUCUUCGGCUUCCCGCAGGUUCUCGUGGCGGUGAAAAGCAAGAAGAACUCGCCGUCGUCGAUUGACAUUUUCCGCCUCCUCGAUAUGUACACCGCCAUCUCCCAGAGCUGGCCGGAGAUCGAAUCCAUCUUCGGAUUCGAAUCCACCGCCGCCGUCCGAUCUCAGGCUCUCAACUCGCUCAUCAAACUCGGCGAGUCGGUGCGAUCGCUGAUUUCCGACUUCGAGUCCACGGUCCAGAAAGACUCGUCCAAAUCCGUCCCCACCGGCGGCGGGAUCCACGAUCUGACGGUCCGCGCGAUGAAUCACCUCUCGCUCCUCACCGACUACAGCAACAUCCUCGCCGACAUUAUCACCGAUUGGCCUCGCCCGGCUAAAUCGACACCGCGGGAAUCGUACUUCGACAGUCCUUUCUCCGAUAAUUCUCCAGCGCCGGCUAUCUCCGUCCUCAUGGCAUGGCUCGUCCUCGUCCUCCUCUGCAAGCUCGACGACAAGGCCAAGCACUACAAGGACAUCGCGCUCUCGUACCUCUUCCUCGCCAACAACCUCCAGUACGUAAUCUCGAAAGUCCGCACGUCGAAUCUCCAGUACCUCCUUGGGGAGGACUGGAUAUCAAAGCACGAGGCGAAAGUGCGGCAGUUCGCGGCGAAUUAUGAGAAACUGGCUUGGGGGAAUGUGUUAUCUUCGCUGCCGGAGAAUCCGACGGCUCAGAUUUCUCCCGAGGAAGAGAGAUUGAUCUUCCGGAAUUUCAAUUUUGCCUUCGACCAAGCGUAUCGGAAACAAAGAAUGAGUGUCGUACCGGACCCGAAACUCCGAGACGAGAUCAAAGUUUCUGUAGAGCAAAAGCUUGUUCCGGUUUACAGGGAGUUUUAUGACACACACAGGAUGACGGUUGGCGGCGGGAGAAACGCGGGGCUUUACGUCAGAAUUGCCCCUGAAGAUAUUGGAAAUCACUUAUCCGACCUGUUUUUUACGCCCGCAUCCGGCGGCUCUUCGUCAUCAGCGUUGUCUCGUCGGCGGAGUCUUUGAGACUUAAGAAUUAUUUUUGGCGCCGAGUUUUUGUUUUGUAUUUAAGCGCCGGUUUAUUGGCGAUUGUUUCCGGUGGUAUAUAUUUUUUGUUUUCUUCCGUGUAGAAAAAGCGCGUGUUCACACGUCAGACAAUUUAAAUAAGUUAGCUGUUGUUGCCAAGUGUAACGACAUUUUGAAAACUUUUACUUUGUUACUUAUACAAUCACCCCCUGUAUUUCUGUAAAUUCAAAACAGUGCCCAAGAUGUUCAUAUUC